AUCCAAUCCGCAGACAGCCCCGAGCACGGGACAAAGGUCGCCGUCGCCAAGUUGGCUGCAUGACUGGCCCAACGUCACGCUUUACCUCCAGUCUUCGUCAUUGUCUGACUAGGCGAUCACUAAUUUUUUCAGUAAACUUAAAACUUAUAACUUUUUUUUUUGGCUCAACAUUUUUUAUAAAAAAACACUAACAUAGUAUGACGAAAUAAAAAUUAUAUUCAAUUUAUAUAAAUAUAAAUUUAACUAAAACUAAAAUAAAUUUAAAAAAUGCAUUGGUUAACUUUUGUGAUUUUAAGUGCGAUUUUAUACUUCUUUGAUGUGAAUGCAUUCAUGUUAAUCGAUCCUUUGAAAAGCGCAUGGUCUUCUUUUUAUUUAGGUAAAAUGAGUAGCAAUAGUGAAGGCAGUAUUAGCAGCAAUACUCAUAUUAAGAUGGGAGAAGAAGCUCAAUCUAAGUGUUCAGCAUGCAUAAAAAACCGAGUGACUCCAAAUGAAGAAAUUGAACACAUUCUCAAUGAAAUAAGAGUUGAAUAUGUAAAACAACAAAUUCUUAAAAAAUUACGAUUAUCAAAGCCACCAGACGUUUCAAUUUCACUUUCAACAUUGCCUAAGCCACUAAUAAAUGGAUAUGUACUCGAACUACGACCUGGUGAGCCUUUUGAAUCUGAAAAGCAAGCUGAAAGUUUUUACGGAAAAACAGAUCAAAUCGUAGUUUUUCCAAACGAAGACGUAACAGAUGUAGAAAAUUGCCGUCAGAAUUCGAAUCAUUUAACUGGUUUUAGCCCUGCAGCCUGUUUUACAUUUAACCUUCCGUCAGAAAUGCAAUACGUUGAUGUAACUUCAGCUGAUCUUUGGUUUUACAAAGAAAAUGAUGAGAACGAUGUAUAUGGUCAAACAUUUGUUUUAUCAGAAUUGGAUCAUUGGGAUCAAGGUGGAAGUUUUGAAAAAAAUACUAUUAUGGCCAUUUUUGAAACAUCAAUUGAAGAAGGUUGGGUAAAAACUGAUGUUGCAUUUACAGUAAGAAAAUGGGUAGAACGGCAGAUACUUAAUCACGCAAUUCAAAUAGCAUGCAGCACAUGUUCCAUUGAUCGUGAAACUGCUCCUGUAUCUGCAAAACUAACAUUGAAGCCUUUUUUGGUAAUUCAUACAUCACCAUUGCUACCUAAAAAUCGACCAAAAAGAAAUUCCAAUUGUCUACCAGAAAUGAAAGAGUGUUGUCGUGAUCAACUUUAUAUAAGCUUUGAUGAUAUUGGCUGGAGCGAUUGGAUUCUUCACCCUAGUGGAUAUCAUGCUUAUUUCUGUCGAGGCUCAUGUUCAUCUGCAGCAUCGUUAAUUAUGAGUAGUUCGCCGUACAACAAUAUUCUUCGAAAAUGGUUAAUGAAAAAUGGCGGACAAAACGAGAUUGUGCCUUGUUGCUCGCCGACUCAGCUUUCACCAAUUCAGCUUCUCUACGUAGAUUCAAACAACACGAUAACCCAAAAAACACUCCCUAACAUGGUUGUAGAAGCUUGUGGUUGCAUGUGAGACUAAAUCUUCUAACGUGGAACAACCAAGUCCUUUUAUUUCGGCGUGAAAGCUGUUACAAUGGCUGGUCUACGUAAGACUCGUAUCAACGACAAAUUGUGUUCAAAAUGUGAUGCUCAGUUUCUUUUCUCUUGCUCGUUGUGGUUACAUUGAAAGAGGACUAAA